AUGAAUUCUAAUACUAAAACAACGGCGACAACAAUCGCUUCUGAUGAUAUUUAUGGAGAGAAAUGGGAUCGUUGUUUAACAGAUACACUCGUUAAAACAGCAUCUGGUCUUGCAUUAGGCAUCGUGUUUUCUGCUGUUUUAUUUAAACGUCGACCAUGGCCUGUAUUAUUAGGAACUGGAAUCGGAAUCGGAAUGGGUUACAGUAACUGUCAAAAUGAUUUUCGUUAUCCAUAUUUACAGGGUAGAACACCACGUGAAAAGCAAACUAUACCAAUACCACCGGUAUGUUUAACAUCGAACAAUAGUUCAGUUUUAUCUCAAUAA